AUGUCUUCACCUGUUGCUCUUGUUACUGGAUGUACCCAAGGCGGUAUUGGAUAUUCACUCUGCCUGGAGUUGGUCAAACAAGGUUGCCAGGUGUUUGCAACUGCACGUAAUGUCAGCAGCAUGGGUGAUUUGGAAAGUUGUUCUCUCAUUGCACUUGAUGUAACAGACCAAGACUCGAUCAAGCAAGCUAUUGAAAAAGUAAUUGCUGACGCCGGUCGUAUUGAUAUUCUCAUCAACAAUGCUGGAUGCCCUGCGGUUGGAACAUUGAUGGAUAUCGACUACAAAGUCAUCAACAGAUGUAUCAACACCAAUGUUAUCGGUGUCCUCUCUGUCUGUCGUGCUGUCGUGCCUCACAUGGUGAACCAAAAGUCUGGAAAGAUUGUAAAUGUUGGCUCAAUUGUCGGUUACACUGCCACACCUUUGGCAGGAAUAUACUCUCUUUCAAAGGCUGCUGUCCACUCCAUGACAGAUGUCCUUAGAUUAGAGCUCAAGCCAUUCGGAAUAGAUGUCACUCUUGUUGCACCAGGUGCAAUCAAGUCAAACUUUGGUACAGCUGGGUUGUCAGAUUCUCUUGUUCCAGAAGACUCUCUCUACCGAUCCAUUUCUGACGAUAUCUAUGCCAGAGCCAAUUUAUCACAAAUGGGAGCUACACAAACCGAAGACUUUGCUGAGCACGUUGUAUCUCGUGUACUUAACAAGACUCCUCGAUACAUCACCUAUGGCUCAAACUCUUUUAUAUCCCUUGUGCUCUAUUACCUACCCGCCUUUGUCAAGGACUAUGCAUUGUUCAAAAGAUUUGGAUUGGACAAGAUCAAGAUCAAUAACUAA